GCGCGCGCGCAGUGCGUGUUAGUGGGAGGAUUCCGUUUCUCUCAGCAGGAAGCGCGCUGAACUCUCCGUCUCUCUCCGCUCGGUGCGUCGCGGUUUUUGUGGUUAUUGAAGAUUUGUUUAAUUUUUCGGAUCAAACCUGCAGAUAUGGCGACCGAGUACUCUGAGCUGGAGCUGGCCAUCAACAUGUUUGUCACGGAGUUCCAUAAAGCUGCAGAUAACGGAGCGACCAUGAACACCACCCAGUUCCAGACCCUGGUCUCCAAACAGAUGCCUGCUGUCGCCAAGACGGUGGAGAAUGAAGAAGGUCUGGGUCAGGUCCUCAAUCAGAUGCAGGUAGAGAGCGGUCAGAACAUCUCCUUCGGAAACUUCUGGAACCUUAUCAACAAACAGGCUGUCCAGGUGUUCAGCACCAUGCUCAAAGAGAAGAGUGUGAAGUGUCACUGCCUGCUGCAGUGACACCUGCAGGCGCACCUAAGCCAGAACACACCAGGGCCUGGCUCCUCUAUGCUGACCACAGGGGGCGCUGCAGGAUCACAGUCCAGCCAAAAACAAGAGAAAAGGGAUUUGUGUUUCCGUCAAAUUUGGAGUUUCAGGUAGAUUUAAUUUCUGCUGAUGUGUAAAAGAACAGGAGGUCAAAGGUGAGUCAUCAAUGACUGAAAAAAUUUUAACAAACUCUUAUGAAAUACAGAAAAUGUCAAAGUGAACAACUUAUUUAAUGAACUAAAUGAGCCAAAAAAUUAAGAACUUGAAAGACUAAAAACACUAAAAGUGAUUCAACCAAGAAAACAGAACUUUUUAUUGGAAAAUACAGAGAAAUCAUCGAUUGGAAAUAAGAAGGGAAAUAAAAGAUCCAUGGCAGAAUUGGUUUGUAGUAAAAGAAUGAAACAAUGAAUUUGGGUUUGUUUGGGAGUUUUUUUUAAAUAAUAAACUCUUAAUUCUUGUUUUUUUUUUUUUUUACUGUUUUUCAUUGUUUUUCCUCCAUAAACGGACAGAAACUCAUUCAAUGACAAAAACAUUAUUUACAUAAAAAUGUUCUGUGUUUAUAUGAAUAUCAUUCCUGUUGUUAGUAUUUUAACAUGUUUCAACCUAUAUGUAAUCCUGAACACUAGAGAUAUAAACAACCUCCACUGACAUAUAUUCAUCUCUUAAAGCUGUUUAAUUCUAACACCUGAAUGUUUCUCUUUGUUUUAUUAAAACUGUUUUGUAUUCAAACCA